UGUCUCACCAAUGCUGUGUUUCUCCAGUCUAGCGCUCACUCCUUUUUAGCGGAUUGGCACAACAGGGUAGGAUUACGAGAAGGAAUAAAAAACAUAACCAAAAAUGGCAGAGCUUGGAGCGGGGAGUCUGCUAACAGGAGAUCCUGCUUUUAAUUAUCUUGAGCAUGAGCUAAACGAGCGUUUGAAGCGGCUGUACCCGGCCGUGAAUGAGGAAGAAACCCCCUUACCCCGAUCUUGGAGCCCCAAGGAUAAGUACAGCUACAUCGGGCUCUCACAGAAUAAUCUGCGGGUGCAUUACAAAGGCCACGGAAAAAACCACAAGGAUGCGGCAUCCGUUCGGGCCACCCAUCCCAUCCCUGCCGCCUGUGGCAUCUAUUAUUUUGAGGUGAAGAUCAUAAGCAAAGGAAGAGAUGGGUACAUGGGAAUUGGACUGUCAGCCCAAGGGGUCAACAUGAACAGACUGCCAGGUUGGGACAAGCACUCGUAUGGUUACCAUGGUGACGACGGACACUCCUUUUGCUCCUCAGGGACUGGCCAACCGUAUGGCCCAACCUUCACAACGGGCGACGUUAUUGGCUGUUGUGUGAACCUCAUCAAUAACACAUGCUUUUACACCAAAAACGGACACAGUUUAGGUGUGGCUUUCACAGAUCUCCCACCUAACCUGUACCCCACAGUAGGGCUGCAGACUCCUGGUGAGGUUGUAGAUGCUAACUUUGGCCAACAGCCUUUUAUGUUUGACAUUGAGGACUACAUGAGCGAAUGGAGGGCCAAGAUCCACAGCAUGAUUGCCCGCUUCCCCAUCGGAGAAAGACUGGGAGAUUGGCAGGCAGUGCUGCAAAACAUGGUGUCCAGCUACCUGGUCCAUCAUGGGUAUUGUGCCACAGCAAUGGCCUUCGCCAGAACCACAGAGACCAUGAUCCAAGAGGACCAAACCUCAAUAAAAAAUAGACAGAGAAUACAGAAGCUGGUAUUGGCAGGCCGUGUUGGAGAAGCCAUUGAAGCUACACAGCAGUUGUAUCCCGGCCUCCUAGAACACAACCCAAAUUUACUCUUCAUGUUGAAGUGUCGGCAGUUUGUAGAGAUGGUGAAUGGUACAGAUAGUGAGGUACGGUGCUUUAGCGUCCACUCUCCUAAAUCCCAGGACAGCUAUCCCGGAUCCCCAAACCUGAGCCCACGGCACGGAGCCACCAACGCUCACUUGCACAACACAGGAGCAGACAGUCCCACAUGCAGUAAUGGGGUCACCCCAACUAAUAAAAAUAAGAGCCACAGCAAAUAUACCGGUGUAAGCUCCACCUCCUCAUCUCCAUCCUCCUCCCCCUCCUACUCAGAGUCAAACUCUACCGACUCCACCAAGUCCCAGCCUCACAGUGCCACCAGCAACCAGGAGACUAGGUCUGUUGAUAGUGAGAUGGAGAUUGAGGUAGAACACUAUAGUAAUGGCAUGACAGAAAGCUCAACUCGUAUUAUGAAUGGCACAUACAAACACCAGGAAAUCCUGCAGGUGGAUGACAACAGUGUUGGCAAUGGAGUAGCAGAUGACAACUGCAGCUCAAGACAGCUUUGUGGAGGAAACCAAGCAGCCACAGAGAGAAUGAUCCAGUUUGGCAGAGAGCUUCAGACCCUCAGCGAGCAGCUCUGUCGCCAAUAUGGCAAGAAUGCCACUCACAAAAAGAUGCUGCAGGAUGCAUUCAGUCUGCUGGCGUACUCAGACCCCUGGAACUGCCCCGUGGGCCAGCAGCUGGACCCCAUGCAGAGAGAGGCGAUCUGCUCUGCUCUCAACAGUGCUAUUCUGGAGUCUCAGAACCUGCCCAAGCAGCCUCCUCUCAUGCUAGCCCUGGGUCAGGCCACUGAGUGUGUGCAGCUGAUGGCCAGGGUCCGCUCUGGAUCCUGCUCCUUUGCCAGAGUGGACAACUUUUUGCACUAGUGCCAGUCCAGGCAAUGAUACGGACAGCUAAGAAGAGGACUUUUCCAAUUGGUUGCCAUGACGAGAGCACGUGUUUGAAAUGGUGUGUCGCUUGCCGUUUGCCAGAAGCAGCCGAGCAGAAUGAAUAGAAACAUGAGAAGAGAGGCUUCUUUUUAAUUUAGUAUUAUCAAAUACAAAUUGUGUGACACUAUUUAAAGAUAAUUAAUUAUUCUGUUUAUCUAGUCAUUUUCAUUUUAGUUUAUAUUUUGUCCGUUUGUUGUGCUCAUUAUGAAACAAAUCAACUUCCCAACUUGUUUUUCUUUUUCAUGGGUGAAUUCAGUGCAAAGUAUUUCAAUCAUACCAUAUCGCUGAUUAUACAUAAUGGUAAAUUCCUACUGAAAAUAUGAGCUACACACUCUGGUUUUCUCAGUCAGAGCUCAGGUAUUUAGACAAAUGAUUUGUCGUCAGAAAGAGAUAUUUGCAGAAACAGGUUACCAUACUCUGUGGUUUAAAGCAGAUCAUUUUCUGUAUACAAGACAAUUGUGUAGGGUUUUUUUUUUGGUCAACCUUAGCCACCCCUUUAGGAAUUAGAUGGACAUUAAUGUUGUAUGUACAGGAGUUUUCAUGUGCCCUGGCAAUGUGUUCAUUGGAGUAUAAGUAUGUGAGAUAAUGCAUGGCUCCUAGCAUCUCACCUUUUAAGCUACCUUAGGAUCUCAGGCACCAGCACAACUUUCAUUAGACGCAAUCACACAGUGACGACGCAGACAUACCUUUGGGUCCAAUGUAGGUUAAUGAUAUUUUGAACCAUAGAUGUUUUCCCAAAAUGAAUCUAUUUUACCAUCUUUAUAGCAGUGGGUAUCAUGCAAACUUUUUUUAAGUUAGGUAUAUUGAAGUUAACCUGUGGUUUUCUGAUUUUGUGGCUGUACCAAAUAAAAACGUAACGUUUUUGACAGAAAAUUAAGGUCAGUAGUUUGAUUACUGAAAAGCUUGACCGAAGCUUGCAAACUAAUUUAUACUUACUUAUUCUGUAAGUUUUAUACCCAUGUGAAUAGUGUCACUGUGUUGAUGGUUUGUAGUGUUUAAUGACUACAGGCUGACACCAUUUCAACUUUCAUUAUUAGUUGUUUCAUUGACUGUUUAGUACUGUUGUUAAAGUUUUGUUACCAAUCGAUGCACUGUACUUCAAUGAAUGCACAUGAAGCAUUACUGUACCUGUCUACCUCUCCUGUUCAGUAAUGGAGGGAUAGAAUAGGAGCUUGCUGCAUGCAAGACAGUUGACUGACCCAAGGUUCCUGCAAAUGAAUGGAAAAUGGCAAUAGAAAAAACACAGUGUAUUUAUUUAGUAAUUAGAACAUCUCCUUAAGAAGUUCACUGCAACCUCAUAUCCGUGUUAUUGUUUUGUUCAUUUCCCCUAGCUCACAACAAUCUCUACUUGGCUUUUAUAAGUACAGUAUAUAAGUGUGAUAUAAACAAUAGCUCAGGCACUUAACGCUUCACUCUUUUAUUUCCUUCUAGAGGUGUCUUCUAUGUUGGAUGUGCCAUCACUCUUCUUAGCUUUUCUUUUAAUCUGAUUGGUCCAUAAAGGAAAAACUGUCAAUCGUUUCCAUGUCAACCCAAAAUUUCACUCAGCCAGCAUGCCACCGUGGUGUUGAAUGUAGUUUAGCAGAUUUUAACCCUCAUUUUAUGUCCUACAUUUUUGCUGCUGGCCAUCAUGAGAUUGUUUGUUACAUUCCCUUAUUUACAUCUGCUUUUUAAAUAUACCUCAUUUACUCUUCGGAUAGCGCUGUCUAGCUUGUUGUAUCAUGUCAGGCAUUCACAUAGAAGGUCUGUGUAGUGCAGUAAACAUUUUGGUACAGUAGGUCACUGAGGUCAGAGGUCCCAGGCUCAACCUUGCACAUGUUACUCUUAAAUAUUGAAAAUUAAAUCGACCUUUUCUUUUUUGGAGCUAUAUCAAUGGGGGCUAGAAAUAAAAUCAUGGAAUAAACUGUAUGGCUCCCCAUCAAUUCACAAAUCCUCAUCCCUAAUAAUCACUGUCAACUAAUUUGAUAAUUUCAUUUAAAAAAUGUAUCCCCUUUUUUUCCCCAAUUUGGAAUGCCCAAUUCCCACUACUUACUAGGUCCUCGUGGUGGCACAGUUACUCAAUCUCAAACCUCAAUCCGGGUGGCAGAGGACAAGUCUCAGUUGCCUCCACUUCUGAGACUGUCAAUCUGCGUAUCUUUUCAUGUGGCUUGCUGUGCAUGACACCGCGGAGACUCACAGCACAUGGAGGCUCAUGCUACUCUCUGCGAUCCACACACAACUUACAAGCGCCCUAUUGAGAGCGAGAACCCCUAAUCGCGACCACGAUGAGGUUACCCCAUGUGACUCUACCCUCCCUAGCAACUGGGCCAAUUUGGUUUCUUAGGAGACCUCAGCACACCCUGGAUUCAAACUCGCGACUCCAGAGGUGGUAGUCAGUGUCAAUACAUGCUGAGAUACCCAGGCCCCCUAAGGUCAAUUCAAUUGUUAAAGGGAUAUUUCACCCAAAAAAAAUUCUCUCAUCAUUUACUUGCCCUCAUGCCAUCACAGAUGUGUAUGACUUUCUUUCUUCUGCGGAACACAAAUGAAGAUUUUUUAGAAGAAUUUAUCAGCUCUUUUGGUCCAUACAAUGCAAGCCAAGAAUUUGAAGCUCCAAAAAUCACAUAAAUCAGCAUAAAUGUAAUCCAUAUGGUUAAAUCAAUGUCUUCGGAAGUGAUAUGAUCGGCGUGGGUGAGAAACAGAUCACUUUUACAUUCUCCUUCUGUUUUUGGUGAUUCACAUUCUUCAUGCAAAAAAGAAUUUAGGCCUAAAUAUUGAUCUGUUUCUCACCCACACCUAUCAUACAAUUUCUGAAGAUAUGGAUUAAAUGUGGAGUUGUAUUGAUUACUUUAAUGAUGCCUUUAUGUGCUUUUUGGAGCAUCAACAUUUUGGUACCCAUUCACUUGCAUUGUAUAGACCUACAGAGCUGAAAAUUCUUCUAAAAAUCUUAAUUUGUGUUCUUCAGAUGAAAGAAAGUCAUACACAUCUGGGAUGGCAUGAUGAUGAGUAAAUGAUGAAAGAAUUUGACCUAUCCUUUUCAGUGGUGGUAUUUUAAUGCAUGAGGAUAUCAUGCGUAACUUUACACGGCCAUAAAUGUUGGAAGUUGACACAAAAUUUUGUGUCUAAUACUUUUAUUGACUUUUGUAUGGUAAUAGGUCUUUGUUAUAGGAUGGCUUUUUAAUGCCAAAUAUGUUUUGGAUCAUAGUCUAACCACCUAAAAUGUAUAUUGUCGUUUUAAAAAUAAUCCAUCAUAGAACUAAAUAUUGGCUUUAAAUAGGGACCUACAUACAUAAAUAUAUGGAAGGGAAGAAAGUAGCCAAUAUCCUUCUUGUCAAGAUCUUCUUUGUCAUGUGGUGAAAUUCCGGCCUGAAAUGUCAAGGAGCAGGGCAAAUGGAAUGGAGUAUAGCAAGCUGUGCACAAUUUACUUCUAUUAUAAUUAUAAUUUUAUUUGAGUUUUCUUUUUGCAAUUUUGAAAUGAGUUACCCUCUACUUAGCAUGAACCUUUAAAAAAAAAACAUAAAAAAGGAAAACAAUUUUAAAAAAGGAAAAAAGAGACAUACCUAUGUACUGGAAACAUGAUAAAGAAAUAUUGUACUCAUUUAAUUUUAACAGAAUUAUUUUUAUUAAAAUACACAUCCA